AUGCCUUGUAACCGAAUCUUCGAGAGACCACUAGCUGACAAGGUCAACCCAAUCUCAGAGGACGAGCCAUCACCCGAAUCGCCCUUUUACAGGAACUGGCAUUUUAUCAACUCUAGCGCUGGUCUCUUGGUUGGACAUCAGCGUUUGGCUUCGUACUUUGAACUCUUUCCUAAAGAAGAUUGGGAUCACAAGAAGAAUAUGACCACACGGGCCGCCCGUCAAGCCAUGGAAGCACGCACGAGAAAUCGUCGUCUCAUCACAACGAACUCAGGGCUCCUUGGUUUGGCUCCUGUUCUUACUCAGCCAGGUGAUGCUGUGAUGGUAUUGAUCGGGCAUGGGAGACCUGUCAUUGCUCGAAGAGUCAAGGAUGACUUUGGAGAAGAUACGCCAUUGUGGAGAUUGAUCGGCGAGGCAUUUGUCAAUGGCAUGAUGGAGUGGGAGAUGAUGGAUCGUGACAUUAUGUCAGGUCCCAAGAAGAUCAAGCAGAUCAACUUUAUAUGA